AUGCGAUCACUCUUGUUUCAUCGGAUUGUCAAACCGAAAGUUCCGACGAACUUGCAUAGUUACGCAACGGCAUCGAAGCAAACGGAACCUUCAACAUUCUCGAUUUUCAAUCGUAACACAAAAAGAUUGCAAAAGGACCGUUCAGCUUCGGAUGUAGAAAGUAGCAGACAAGUUGACUAUAUUAAAGACGAGAUCGCAUACAGAAUUGUUGAUAGAUUACUGGACAUUAAGAGAAAAUUUGAAGUCGUCGUUGAUUUGGGAAGUGGAUGUGGGCAUGUGGUUAAGCACAUUGAUGGAGACCUAAUAGGAAAUAUUUCUCAAAGAUCUCAUGAUAUCACAGAAAAAAUGCUGAAUAGAGACAAGGAUGUCAAAUAUGACGUCGAGGUUGAGAGAAUGAUCCUUGACGAAGAGUCAUUACCAUUCGAGGAAAAUACACUGGAAGCCGUUUUGAGCAAUCUUUCACUGCACUGGGUGAAUGAUUUGCCAGGCGCGAUGAUUCAAAUACGUCGAUCGUUGAAACCCGAUGGUGUCUUUUUAGCUUCAAUGUUUGGCGGAGACACAUUGUUCGAACUGAGAACAUCACUGCAAUUGGCAGAAUUAGAACGUGAGGGUGGCAUUUCGCCACGUGUAUCUCCAAUGACAGAUGUAAGGGAUGUUGGAAGUUUACUUUCGCGAGCCGGUUUUACCUUGACCACUGUGGAUGUUGACGAUCUUGUUGUAAAUUAUCCAACAAUGUUUGAAUUAAUCCAAGAUUUGCGAGCGAUGGGUGAAAGUAAUGCAGUGAUAACAAGGCGACCAUUCUUAAAGCGAGACACACUAUUAGCAGCUGCGUCCAUAUAUAAGGAAUUAUACGGGAAACCUGAUGAAACAAUUCCCGCUACUUUUCAGAUCGGAUGGAAACCUGAUUCAUCCCAACCCAAACCCAAGGAAAGAGGUUCGGCAAAAUCAUCAUUAAAGGAGAUAUUAGAAGAAAAGGAUAGAGAUCAAUAG